AUGAAGAACAAAUUUACAAACUUCCCUGAUGCUGUUGCAGCUGUAGACAGCACUACAAUUCCUUUCAAAAUUCCUUCGGUAAAGGAAGAGAGGCUUUAUAGUUGGGAUGAAAAAAACCACUGCAACGGUAUUAAGCUCCAAGUCCUCGUGUCACCAGAUGGAAAAGCCAUACAUCAAAACGUUGAGUUUAUGGCUGCAGUCCAUGACAAGGAGAUUUUCGAUUUGUCAAAAGUCUCGGAUUUUUUGACAGUAAAGCGAGGAUUUGAUGAUUACCAAUAUCCUGUACUUGCCGACCGGGGCUAUAUUGGAAUCCAGAAAUAUCACCUUACUGCCGUGGUGAUGAAGAGAAGCCACGAAGAAGCAGACGUUGAACGCAACAACGCCAUUGCCCAAGACAGGCAGAUUGUCGAGCGUUUCUUUGCACGUUUCAAGUCAUGCUGGUCCUGCAUGAAAAAUGGUUUUCGAGGUGAGCGCACAUCACUUCCUCUGAUCAUAUCAGGUUUAGUCGGUUUGACAAAUUAUAACAUUGAUGGAUCACCCCUGAAUGAUAAUGAAGAGUUACUCCUUUUCGAAGAUUUUACACCAACAAAGGUUCUUCCUUCAAGCGAUACCGUCGCUGCUGUUGUUGCACCCUCCAUGAAACCAUCAAAGCGGAACAUCAUUGCUGUCGCUCAUCAAGCUGUCGAUAUCAUACAGUCAUCACAAGAGGCGAACUACCUUUACCCAAUUAAAGGUGGUAUUGUUGGUCUUCAUAAUAUGGGACAUACGUGUCAUUUGAACGUAUGUUUACAGGUUCUGUUCUACAUAUCCGAAGUGAGAACAGAAGUUUUGAAGGUUGCCAAUCAGUCCUCUCCCAUCGUAACAGAGAU